AUGGAGGUCAACAGGAGCAACUUCUUCUGGAUGCUACCACCUAUUCUACACGAGGCACAGAAUGCUCGUUUUGUAGCGGUGGACGUCGAGAUGAGCGGUAUCGCGCUUAUUCAUGGUCUCAACAGUGCCCAAGACUCAUACGGAAAGAUCAAAGAAGCGGCAGAACAAUUUCAAGUGGUACAACUCGGGCUCACCUUCGUUCGCUAUGACGAAGGAUCAGCUAAAUAUACCACGAGAACAUUCACUUUCUCUGUUUCUCCCUUGUUUCCCAAAUCCACAUUCUUCGAUAAUCUCUCCAGACGUCUUGAUAGAAAAUUUAGCGUCUCAGUGAGAGCGUACGAUUUUCUACAACAGCACAAUUUCAACUUCAACAAGGCUUUGGAUACUGGCGCUCAUUAUCUCAAUAGAGAGGAACAGAGACUCGCAAAGCAGUUUUGUGUGUCGAGAGAUCCCAACAAUGAACAUCUUGACCCUUCAACGCUGGACUACGAGACUGAAGAAUUCUACAAGAGGACUAAGAAGCAAAUUGCGGACUUUGUUGCUGGAAGAUUUCGACCGGCCAUGGAAACUACCAUAAAAAACCCGUAUGGAGAUAGGCUGAAUGGACUACAGAUCCGUUUGAUACACCAAAUCAUCCGUGAAGAGUAUCCUUCGUAUGUGGCAACCAGAAACGCGACAUCGGGCACCGCUUCCAUUGCUCUAAUUGAUGAAUCUGUGAAAGCCAGGACCGAGGCACGAAAGAGAUGGAACUUGUCGGAAGUUAAUCGACUAUCUGGACUUCAAAUACUAUUCGAGGCAUUAUCAGGCGGAUCCUUUGCCGACAGAAUGAAACAAGAAUACGUUUAUCACCAAAGCGACGUCCCAGAGCGCCAUAGAACUUGGAAUGAACUCAACAAGACAUUCGACUUUAAAAAAUGCGAGGCCAGUCUGAAGAGAAAUAGACCGAUCUUGGUUGGCCAUAACCUAUUCAUGGAUUUGGCCUAUAUAUAUCAAACGUUCUUUGAGCCUCUACCCGCUAACGUCGACGACUUCCUUAUUGAGAUAAACAAACUCUUCCCACGAAUCGCGGAUACGAGGUUCAUGUAUGCACGAGGUAGACAUAUGAUGGAGCCGGAUCGAGCUUUAGAAAAGAUCCACCAUUUCUACGCGCGGAAUCCAAUUCCUGCAGUCAGAUUAGAAUCCGGUAUCAAUUUGCUAGGUCCUCACCAUGCCGGAUCUGACAGUUGUAUGGCCGCCAGUCUAUUCUUAAAACAGACUUACACUCUGUUCAGAGCCAAGAAACACUUGGUUCCAUUCGAGAAAGGGUUCUACGCACCGAAGGAACAGAACAACCAGGGCGAAAAAGACGAAAGGGAACCGACAACCCCUGAUAUGACUUCGUGGCCCGAGACAAGCGCCAUCAAUAUCCUCGAACAAGACGAUGACCAAAUGUUGAGAAAUUUAGAAAGAUGGAACAUCCUCGACGAGGCAGCUUCAAGACGGGUAGUAUUAUCCCCCAGGCAUAGCAAGGCAAUGCCGCCGGCCGAGGAAAUACUUACACGGGGUGAGCCUACGUCAGCAUCGGGCGAAACAUACUCAGAGGAGGAAACACACAUGCUACCCCUCUGGACACAUGACUUCUGGAGAGCCUAUGGCAACAAGUGCUCUGUCCCUGGGGCGGGCUAUAUCUCUUUUGAACCGGUCUCUUAA